UUUCGGAGUUUUCUACCAUUUACAUGUUUUUCAGGUCAUCACCAACUAUUUUCUUCUUCACUAUUUCCUCUGAAAUCGCAGGGGAUACACAUCUUUAGAGGAGAAAAAUAUUGAGGAGAUUUGAUCUAAUUCCUUUUUUGCAAUGAGUCAUAUUGAUGAUUCUAUGCGAAAGCAAAUAGCAGCUCUUCUGCGAGUUGUAAAUUUCAGACGAACUUUCAAAGACACUGUUCCAUCUGUAAUUGAAGAGGGUCUCUUUUUGGGUUCUAUUGCAGCUUCUAAUAACGUGGAUGCGCUUAAACGUUUAAAUGUCACUCACAUCUUAACUGUGGCUAGUUCCCUGAAACCUGCGCAUACCACUGACUUUGUGUACAAAGUUAUACCAGUCGCGGACAAAGAAGACACAAACAUAAGUCAGUAUUUUGAUGAAUGCUUCAAUUUCAUUGAUGAAGCAAGAAGACAAGGUGGCGGUGUAUUGGUUCACUGCUUUGUUGGAAAAUCAAGAAGUGUGACCAUCAUCGUUGCCUACUUAAUGAAAAAGCACGGUAUGAGCUUAUCAGAGGCCUUGGAACAUGUGAGGAGUAAACGACCAUUGGCAGCUCCUAAUCCUGGCUUCAUCCUACAACUGAAAGAGUUUGAAAAUUCUUUUCGAGCCAACAAAGAACAAAUGAAAGCUAAUGAAUGAAGAAAAGCUGCUUCAUCUUGUAGAGAAUCACUCAGCCGGGCAAAGUUAUUGGUAUAAUAUAUAUAGAUUUUAAGGGCUUGCAAUUGCAGAUAGGUAAUAGCUGAUCAGACACCAUUUUACAGAUUGGAUAUUGCAGUUCCCCAUUGGAACUUAACCUGAAAAGCAGGAAGAGUUUUUGAGGUGACCGUGGAGGUAGAUAGGUACAAUCUCUUAUUCUGGUCGGUAAUUAUGUUGAUUCCAAAGAAUAAAAAGUCUGGAUCUGGACGUUCGAGCAUAACAAAUGCAUGAAUAUUUAAAUAUUUAUUAUCAAAAUAAUUAAAAGUCUUUUAAACAGAUAUUAUCUUC